CACAAGAUCUCUCUCCCUCUCUGUCUCUCUCUCUCUCUCUCUCUCUCUGUCUCGCUGUCUCUCUCUCUCUCUCUCUCCCUUUCUCUCUCUCUCUCUCUCUCUCUGAGUAUAGGGGAGGUGUUCAGGUCCUUGUUCAGUCAUUACUGGGGCAGUAUGGAGCUCAGUCUGCUCUCUCUGAUGCUCUUGCUGAUCCACUGUGGACAAACUCAAGAUGGUGAUGUGAUCCUGGACAUUCCUGUCCAUCCUGUGACUGAGGGAGAUUCUCUGACUCUCCGCUGUUUAUUUCGCUCCACAAAGCCCUCAAACCUCACAGCUGAUUUCUAUAAAGAUGGAUCACUGCUCCAGACCCAGACGACAGGAGAGAUGAUCAUCCGUACUGUCUCAAAGUCAGAUGAAGGUCUCUACCACUGUAAACACCCAGAGAGAGGAGAGUCACCACAGAGCUGGCUCUCAGUCAGAGGAGCUCCAGUCUCAGCGCUCAGUCUGCUCAGCAGUUUAAUGGCAGUGUCUCCAUAUUUGCUGGUGUCCAUCGUGCUGGGGGUCAAAUGCUACAGAGCUCGAGCUAAACCUGAUGAGCAGAGCAGAACAUAAGCAAUGAUGGAAGCUGAAACAUCUUGAGUGCUGAAUGCCAGGAACUCCUGGUUUGGGUUUUAAGGAGUGAAGACAGAAAAGGACCUGAAUACAUUUAGACUGUCAGAAUUAUUUUUAGAAGAAGAAAAAAAUCUCUCAUGCAUUAAAAUGUAAAUCCUCUGUCUCUUUUUAUGGUCCUUCAUCCCUGCAAAAU